CCUCCCCCCCAGCGAUCGAGCAGAGCAUCGAGCAGGAGGAGGGGCUCAACCGCUCCUCGGCCGAUCUGCGCAUCCGCAAGACGCAGCACUCGACGCUGUCUCGGAAGUUCGUGGAGGUGAUGACCGAGUACAACGCGACGCAGUCCAAGUACCGCGACCGCUGCAAGGACCGGAUCCAGCGCCAGCUGGAGAUCACCGGAAGGACCACCACCAACGAGGAGCUGGAGGACAUGCUGGAGAGCGGGAAGUUGGCCAUCUUCACCGAUGAUAUCAAGAUGGACUCUCAGAUGACGAAACAGGCGCUGAACGAGAUCGAGACGCGGCACAACGAGAUCAUCAAGCUGGAGACGAGCAUCAGGGAGCUCCACGACAUGUUCGUCGACAUGGCCAUGCUGGUCGAGAGCCAGGGCGAGAUGAUCGACCGCAUCGAGUACAACGUGGAGCACUCGGUGGAUUACGUGGAACGCGCCGUGUCCGACACCAAAAAAGCCGUCAAGUACCAGAGCAAAGCCCGGAGGAAGAAAAUCAUGAUCAUCAUCUGCUGCGUGGUGCUGGGGGUGGUCUUGGCCUCCUCCAUCGGGGGCACCUUGGGCUUGUAGGGCCCCCCC